AUGAGCUCUAUACCGGACGGUGUACUUACACUCGAGCAGGAACGGGAGCUUGAGAAGGUCAAUGCGUUUUACUUGCAAAAAGAAGCAGAGCUCAAAGUUCGGUUAAAGACUCUGCUCGACAAGAAGAAGGCAUUACAAUCUCGCCCUCCUGGAAACGCCCGACGAUCUGCCAAGUUUGCCGCCCUCGAGGAGGGCUUCCAACAGUUCGCGACCGAUUUGAACAAACUGCAGCAGUUUGUUGAGGUCAAUGGCACAGCGUUCUCCAAGAUUCUAAAGAAGUGGGACAAGACAUCCAAGUCGAAGACGAAAGAGCUUUACCUUUCAAGAGCUGUUGAAGUUCAGCCUUUCUUUAACCCGACUGUUAUAAGCGAGCUUUCUGAUCAAGCAACGACCAGCUUACAAGAGCUUGGUGCCUGGGCCGAAGGUGACCAUGUCGGUCUCGAUACCCGACCCGAGCACGUCGUCACAAGUCAACAUAUUCCUGGUACCGACGAUGGCGAUGUCGACUUUAUCCUCCUCGAUACCACCAUCACCGGCAAUGUCGAGUCGCUCAAGGACUUGUUGACACGGAUGAAGGCUACUAACGAUGAAUCAGGAGGUGAUGGCAUCACUCUUGGUGACCGCGUGACGCGGACUUUCCUAGCCGCUAUCCACGAAGCGCCCGAGAAUGCGUUAAGCGUCCUUCUCGAGUCCGGGUUGGUUGACAUCCAGUCCGAGGAUGACAUCAAUGAAAGGAAUUGCCUUCACCAGGCCGCUAUCUACGGGAAGCCGUUUGUCCUCAUGUACGGCUUGUCCAAGGGUGUUGCGGCGGAUCGAACCGACGUCUAUGGAAGGGUUCCUCUGCAUUAUGCCAGCAUGCACGGAUGGUUGGAUAUGCUGGAUGCUCUAUUACAAGCCAAUCCCCAAACUCUGGACUUGAAAGACCACGACAAUUUCACGCCGUUGUUGCAUGCCAUCAUCCAUGACCGAUUCGAGUGCGUGUCGAGACUCAUCUCAAAGUCGGCGCGUCUUGAUGCCGUGUCCGAGACGGAUCAUGUACCUUUGAAUCUUGCCUGCGAGCGAGGAUCGCUGCGAGUGGUGGAAUUGCUACUCGGGAAUGGUGCCAAGAUUGUUCCCGAUGCCGAAGGCCUAUACCCCCAGCACCUCGUCGCUCGGUCUGUCCGGACGCCAAAGUUGCUUGGGCUACUUAAGCAGUAUGGUGCGAACCUCGACCAGGUCGACAAGCUUUAUGGAUGGACGCCCUUGGUUCAUGCAGCUAGCGAAGGCAAUGUCCCGUGCCUCGAGGCACUCUUAGAAGCUGGCGCGGAUGCCAAUAUUGUGGACGAAAAGGGUCUCCCUGCCGUCUACUACGCUGCGUGGGAGGGACAUCUAACAUGCAUGAAGCUCUUAACGCCAUACAACCAACGAGCGAGGGCGAGUCCGUUGAUGCGACAACCAUCCUCUCAGUUUAGCGGCCUGGGAAGUAGCAGUGCUCCUGCGCCCAUGUCGCUAGAUACCGACGCGAUUCCCGCCCUCGAGCUUCCGCCUCCGAUUAUUCCUCUCAGAAGAUACGGCCACAACUUUUUGGAUACAAAGACUGUUGUGCAACUCAGCUUUGAUGAGACCGAUGAGCCUGCGAUGGUAUUUUUCCACGACGGCAAGUAUCCCGCCGCUCGCCUCACCAUUUCGUCUAAGGUUUCCGACCUCAUUCCCAAGAAUAUUAUGCUCCCUUUCCAAGAAGAUACCCGACUCGUCUCUUUCCAAGUUGACAAUCUCGACACUUUCACGCUUGAUUUCGAUGUUUUCCCUACUUACGGCGCCAAGGUUAUCGGAAAGACAGUAGCGUUACCCAGCACUUUCCGCGGAAGUCAUGCCAGCUCGGGAACCGUCUGCCUGCCACUCUUCGAUCCCCGGCUUCGUGCGAUUGGUCAAAUUAGCUUCAGUACGCAAGUUAUUAAGCCGUUCCAAGGACAGACUCUCGAGAUUACGGAUUUCGAGACGUACUGGAAGGCCACGAGUCAAUUCGAAGAGCACCAGAGCACUUUCGUUACCGGAUCUAGUCUUACAGGCGACUAUGUUAGACUCUACGUGCAGUAUACGAGCGAGGGAACACCUGUCCUAUGGCCGACCUGGACCAUCACUUGCGGCGCAUUGGAUGUCCCUAUUUGCCGGCUCACGCUUGAGCAAUUCGAUGCCCUCACCAGCGAGAGCCCUGCGCGGAAGGUUGUUGCGGCGUUGCCCUCGCGGCCUCUGGACGAAAUUUCCGAGGUGCACCGAAUCCUGGCGACAGCCGGCAUAAGGCUAGUCGACGCGCUUCCACUGAUCCCCCACGGCAUGCACGUUAACAUCCACAUCCUCUACCCAACCGACGAUGAAGCGAAGCGAUGGAAUCUCGGCCCCGCGCUAGAUCUCAACACUUUCGCCGACUCGAUCCUCUCCAUCGUCUUUGACCACGCCAGGGCCCAGCGCGCGCACUCGCCUGAUAUUGUGCGGUCGAUGGUGUUCAGCUCGUACAACGCGAGCCUCUGCACGGCGCUGAAUUGGAAGCAGCCUAACUUCCCGGUCUUCCUGUGCAAUGAGCUCGGCCGGGAGGAUGAAAGCAUGCCGGCGCCCAAUGUCAUCCAGAGUAGCGGCAGGGGUACGUUGUCGGUUAAGGAGGCGGUGCGAAUUGCUACGAGCAACAAUCUUAUGGGUCUUAUCUGCUGCUCUCGCCUACUGGACAUGGUCCCCGCCCUCAUCGACUCGAUCAAAUCCCACGGCCUUGCCCUCGUUAUGGACAUGUCCGGGUCAUCAAACGUGCCGGGCCCGUUCGCGGAUCCUUUCCCGCGACUACCGGAGGGAGUUGACGGAGCGUUGAAGAACUACGGGGUUUUGCGAUUUACCGAGUCCAUAGACAUUUGA